AUGAAGCUAUCUGUUGUCGUUUUCUACGUCAAGGGGAGCAUUAUGCGGCGGCAUCUGGCUCUCGUAUAUCAUAAGAGAAGACAUGUAGUAUCGCGUUCUGGUACUGCUGGCACUAGGUUUAAAGAGUGGAGAAACUCUGUGCUCGAGCUUGGCACGUCGCACGUCCGCUCGUCGUCUGGGACUGAACAAUGGGUCAUCACAAAUCCCGCAAACGUCGUCAUCGCUCUUCCUCCAGCUCAGAGGACGACCGCCGAGAACUUUGGAAACGAUUGCGAAGACUCGAAGCUGAACGACAUCGAAGUCCCCCAAGGUAUUCCCCAAGUUCGGGUCGCGUGCUGCGUGGCGCGGACGAACCUUCAACAAGUUCGGGUCACGAGCUGCGUGGCACGGCAACGCCUGUCUGAACCUACGCACUUAAGCGAUCGAGAAGCUAACCUUGACGCUGCACAACCGGUAUUCCAGGAACACGAUGACGUGGCGCUCGAUCCGCACGUACUGGAAAUGCUCGGUGAGACCGGCCCAUCAGCAGCUGCCCCGUAUCAGUUUCACUCGACCUUGUCAGCCAGCUGGGAAAGAAUUUGCUGUCAGGGCUUAGAUCCGGCCAAAAAAUCGACCCUUUUGAAAGACGUUGUCAUCCCGUCUAAUGGCGAAUUCUUAAGCCCACCAAAACUGAAUCCGAUCGUCAGAACUAUUUUGUCGGGCCCAAAUCAAACCCGUGACGACUCUCGGUGCGCCGCUCAAGCCCAGUUGAGCCAGGGGCUUAGCUUCCUGGGGAAAAGCAUUAAUGAAACUAUUACAAAUCACAACACCUCCACAAGUCAAGUUUUGCCGCUUCUCACCCAAGCCGGGCAAGGUGAAUUUCUUUUUGGGGACGACCUAACCGAGAGGAAAAAAAGGACCGAAAACUCCCUCGUACACCCAGCAACGGAAAAGGCACCACCAUUAACACAGGGCGCAGUCCGCAAAUGCCUGCCACGCAACGAUCAGUUCAUUUCCCCAAUUUUUCUAGUCAAAAAACCGAAUGGGAAAGAUCGUUUCAUUUUAAAUCUUAAGCAACUAAAUACAUUUGUGGCCACUUCUCAUCUUCAAAUGGAAGAUCAUCGAACAGCCGCCCGGCUAAUGCAAAAGGGCUGCUACAUGUCUACGAUUGACCUGCAGGAUGCCUAUUUUCUGAUAAACGUAGACACUGAACAUCGAAAAUAUCUUCGGUGCGAACAUAAUGGCCAAUUAUAUGAAUUCACUUGUAUGCCAUUUGGUUUUUACAAAACUCACACGCCCUAUUGCAUCCCGUUUACGCUCUCGUGGCAUUUGUUGCGUGAUCUACCCGGACGAUUUUCUCAUCUUUGGGAACUCGGGGGAUGCUUGCUCUCGAAAUGUCUUUGUGGUUGUCCAGGUGUUAACUUCAUUGGGAGAGGCAAAUUCUUGGGUUUCAUCUUGGACAGCCACACCAUGACAAUUUCCCUUCCUCUAGAAAAGCGCAAGAAGACUCUUAAUAUGAUUCGCGAUUUUAAAAGCCGAAGCCGCUGUUCAAUUAGGGCUUUUGCCCAGUUUAUAGGGACACUUGUACCGGCCUGUCCGGCGAUAAAGUACGGACUAAUGUACACUAAAGCAUUCGAGCGGGAGAAGUUCAAAGCGUUAAGAGAUCACCAUAUGAAUUAUGACACCUCCAUGUCCCUUUCUUCAACCUUGCAGAAUGAUUUCUUAUGGUGGGAAUCAGCAAUUCAGACCUCUCACAAUGACAUACGUUUUGACAACUACGACUUUGUAAUUUAUACUGACGCGUCUCUUACUGGCUGGGGAGCCUGUUGCGACGAAGAAAAGACACAUGGUUGGUGGACUGCUACUGAAUCACAACAUCACAUAAAUUAUCUAGAACUUUUGGCAAUUGCUUACGCAUUAAAAUCCUUUGCAAAGUAUAAAAAAUCUUGCAGCAUUUUAAUCAGAACGGACAAUACGACUGCCUUAUCAUACAUAAACCGCAUGGGCAGUAUACAAUACCCAGCGCUGUCUAACCUAGCAAGAGAUAUUUGGGAAUUUUGCGAAGAAAGAAAUUUAUGGUUUUUUGCUUCAUAUAUUAACUCGGGGAAAAAUACAGUAGCAGAUUCGGAAGUUCGGGUCGCGUGCUGCGUGGCGCGGACGAACCUUCAACAAGUUCGGGUCACGAGCUGCGUGCCGCUUCCCGAGGAAACCGAAUAUGAGUUGUCGGACGGAGCCUUCAACCAAAUCACAUUACGAUUUGGUGCUCCAAAAAUUGAUUUCUUUGCUUCUAAAGCUAACCACAAGUGUCGAAGAUACGUAUCUCUACUGCGCGAUGCUUUCACAAUUCCAUGGACAGGCUUCUUCUUUUACGCCUUCCCUCCAAUUUGUUUAAUUUUGAGGGGCCUCAACAAAAUUGUGAAUGACCAAGCGGAGGGCAUUAUGUCGACCACACCCCCUGUCAACUCAGCUUACCCUGGUAGCAGGACUCUUAUCAGCCAAGCAUUUAGUUUCCGAAAUGUUCCUGAGGAAGCCAUAAAUACCAUCAUCCAUUCGGUGGCCAAGUCAACAAUAUCACAAUAUAAUUCUACGUGGAAAAUGUGGUGGUCUUACUGCAUUGAACUCAAGGUGCCGAUAUAUGGAACAUUUAACAGUCACCGCUCGGCGCUCGCGUUAACUCUGAAUUACGACAUCGGGGCUGACCCUCUCGCUAAACGAUUCAUGAAGGGUAUUUCCCAGCUAAGACCAUCUGAAAGGAAAUAUCGUUUCACUUGGGACCCCCAAAUCGUUCUGGACUAUUUGGGAAAUUUCUUCACUGAUAACUUGACCUUGAAACAGUUGUCCCAAAAACUUGCCACACUGUUAUUAUUGACAACCGGACAUCGCACCCAGUCGAUUCAUUUAAUUCGCCUCUCGAACAUCAAACGGUCCUCGGAUGGCAUCUGGCUCGAAGAUAUCAUAACCCGCCCCAAAACCCUAAAUGUGAUGGUCGUACUUAUCAACAUUUACCUGCUAGUUAUGAUUGUUACAAAUCCCUUCAAAGUAAUGAACCCAUACCGCACCGAUUGUGGAGGGAGAGGGGAGUCUACCAGAGUUUCUCCACUCUUUAAACCUAGUGCCAGCAGUACCAGAAAGCGAUACUACAUGUCUUCUUUUAUGAUAUCUUCGAGCCAGAUGCCUAGCAUAAUUAUGAUCGAACUUCACUUAAGAAUUAUUGCUGUAGACAAAACGGCUUGUGGAAAAAGGUGGAUGAGCAAUAAACUCCACUGGUACUAG